AUGUUUAAAUAUAUAAGCAAAGGAAUGAAAUUAAAUGAGAGAUUAUUGGCCAAAUUCGCAACUGAUUAUGCAACAGCUGACAGAGAGGGUUUUCUCUUGAAAAAGGGGGAAGUAAACAAAGGCUUUCAAAAUCGAUUCUUCGUUCUGCGCGGGAACUUGUUGUUUUACUUCGAAAAGAAACAUGAUAGAGAACCUGUUGGUGUCAUAAUUCUUGAUAAUUGUCGUAUAGAGCUUUGCCCGAAUGAAAAUUCGCUGUUUGCUUUUCAAAUUGUUUUUGAAGGAGUGGGCACCCGGACUUAUGUUCUUGCCGCAGAGACUGAGGCGAGUAUGAAGGCAUGGAUGACAAAACUGACUCAUGCUGGACAUAUUUGUAUUAGAACUAUUGUUAACGACUUAGAGCGGCGUCUCUCAGAGUUACAGCACAAAGAAGCAAGUAUGGUACCUGAAGUCGGCGAAGCUAUGUUUUCAGAGUCUAGUUCUGAGUCCGAUAAGGAGGAAACUGCGACAUCGUCACAUCAACAGACGCUGCCUAUUGCUUUACCUAAACCACCGAGUCAUGCUCUACAACGAGAUAAAAGUAAAACGCUUCCCCCACGACGAAUUCCAAACAAACUGGUUGAUCCGAUUUUAAGUAACCCAAAACCAAAUCGUUGGAGCUUGUCGGCGAAAUACCCAAUGCAAAUGUCCGAAUCUUUUGAGGGUAAAAAACAAUUAUGGUUUGAUAAUUUGGCAAAUUUUUCAGAAAGAACUGAUUUUUUAUGUGAGGAUACUUUUCAUCCAGGUCGUCAUUUUAGCAUGAAGGCUUUCUCACCACCGUCCUUCUCGGAACUUAAAAACCAUGAAGAAAUAGAGGACCGAAAUUUAAUCGAUCUGUCACCGGCCGAUGGAGGAAUCCCGCUUGAAAAAAAAAUUGAGACUAUUACACUAACUGACAGAUUUAAAGGGAACAGACGUGCAAAAUCAGAACGACAUCGGAUCAAACGUGGGGGACUUUCAGGGGCAAGGAGGGACGUAGGGGGAUCCUUUUAUACUCAUAAAAAACGUCCGUCAGAUGAUUUGAUCCUCUUGGAGGAAAAUCAUGACUCAACAUUUCAGCAUUUACAUCGACUAUGGGGGGCUACUAUUUGGACGAAGGUUCGAGAAUAUGAAAUUCAAAAUUCUAAGCCGGAGGCCGAGGGUAGUUCUUUUAACGAAUCAAGAAUUUAA